AUGCCGGCGUCCUCUGUGAGCGUUCUCGAAGGUCGUCUGCGGGCGUUUGUGAAAGCAGAGCUGGAAAGUGCCGUCCUGACAGCCAUGCAGGCAUUGGCCCCAGGGUCCUGUUUGGAAGCGGAAGAGAGUGGGAUGGGGUGGUUCGUGGCAGCGCUAAGCUUGACUGAGGAAACUCGGGUACUGCCGCGUCUGCAGGUCGUGGAAAGGGACCAUCGCAAGCUUUGUGAUGCCGUCGAGGAGGACACGCGCUGGCUUCGAGAUGCCGUGGAGGCCUUUGCAGUGAUGCUGCACCCCCAAGUGCUCAUUUGCCAGGCGAUCAGCGAAAGUCUGGGCCUGGACCUGGCGACGCUCGGCGAAUCCUUUCGCAGUGUUCGGGGUUGUCUUGUGCUCGCAGGAGCGGAGCUGAGGACGGAGUGCCGCUUGGCCGCGAAGGCAGCACUCUUCGCACAGCUGGACACGAAUGGAGACGGCGACGUCAGUCUGCAGGAGUUCCAUGCGGCCAAGGUCACAGACGGGCAGUGGAAGGCCUGUGCAGUUCCUGGGUCGGUGGAUGCACUGCUUGUGGGAUGCUCGCCGGGGUGCGCGGAAGUCUUCGAGAAGUUAGAUGCCGACAUGGACGGCCGAGUGAGCCGAGAGGAGUUCUCGUCGGCUACGGUAGCUGCGGCACGGUCACCUCGGCAAUCCAGUGACGGCGUCGAGGCAGAGUCAAAGCGGGCCAGCCAGGACGCGGGCCAGGAGGCCGACGACUUGACUGCUGAGCUGAACAUCACAGGGCUGGACGACAAUCCGCUGUUUGCGGCCGUUCUCUCUGAGGAUCCUGCGAGGGCCUUGGCGCUCCUGCGAAGCGCCGCAGCACAGCAGCUUCAUGCUCAAGACCAGGAAGGCUGCACAGCACUUCACAGGGCAUCUGCGCUGCCAGGACUGGUGAAAGUGCGGGGGGUUUUGCUCGAGAAAGGCGGUGCACAGCUUGCCUCUGCAAGGGAUCUGCACAUGCGGACUGCCCUCCAUCAUUCUGCACUUGCUGGUUGUGUCGAAGCAUGCCAGCAGUUGCUCGAUGCUCCGUGCUUUCACGAUGCAGACAGGCCCGCUUGGAGCCAGUUCAUACAGGUAAUGCAGUGCAGGUCCACCAAAUUACUCUGUGCGCAGUGUGGACUGGUUUUGAAUUCUGAAUAA